UGGAAAUCAUGACAAUGAACCUGCUCCUCUUGGCGAGCGGCUUCACCCUCCCGUCCUUGCGGCGUGCAUUUCCAGCUGUCAGGCCCUCGGAUAGCUCGCUCGCUAGGCUUCCAUCUCAUCGCGUCUGCAUGGCGGUCGACAAGACCAAGGAGGGCGAGUACCCGCACCCGCACGACGACGACUACAAGUUCGGUGACAUCACGCUGCGAGUGAUCCGCGACAUGACUGGAAACGCCGACUACCGGUUCGGCGACGGGUCCAAGGCGAUCGCGUCCGCCACCACAGACGCCGCAGAGGCCGCAGCCGCAGCGGUCCUCGACGCAGGCGGCACCGCCGUCGAGGCUGGAGCGGCGGCCAAGAAGGUGCUGGACGAUUCAGGGUACCAGUUUGGCGACCUGACCAAGGGCGCCAUCAAGGGGUUUGAGGGCCAGGUGCGGUCCGCGACGGGCAACGAGGAAUACAAAUUCGGGAGCCGCCAAACUUCACUUGUUACCGCUCGCCCGGACAUCUCCAAGACCUUGGCAAAGGGCCUGUUCGGCGCGCUCGAGAAGGGUGCGGCCGCGGCGAAGAAAAAGAUCGACGACUCUCCCUGAGGGUAGAGGGAGCCGCAGCGCUGCCAUCGGUCUACCCGUUCUCUGCGCGAUCGUGUGUUUACUCUCCGGAGAGAUGCUGUUUAUUGUACUGGGCGCGCGGCGCACACGCGGCGCGCAGGUGCUCUCGUCGCGCGUCGUCAUACA